AUGGAUCUCGUCAAGGUGGAGAAGGAGAGAGCAAUGCUUCGCUACCGUAGGCUCCGCCGUGCUGCGGCGCUCUCCCGGUGGCUUCCACAGUUCCUCGCCGCGCUCACCCUUCUCUCCUGGUUCUCCGGCCGCUUCCCCCCAGUCCUCGCCCACUACGUCGGUCUCCUGCGCCGGCUCCUCCCCAGCCUCCUCAACUCCCUCUCGGCAUUUCUCCUUGGUAACCUCAUCAUCCUCGCCCUGGUCGCCAAAUCCGGCAAGUACGCUGAAGACACACCUCCCUCCUGCCCUCGAUGUCCAAGUGCCUACGAUGAACUCCACCCCUCAUCCACUCCCUCGGCCGUUCCUCCGCAUCAGCUUCACCAGAAGGAGGAGAUAACGGACCAGGAAGAAAAGGAGGCGGAUGUGGAAGAGAGGGCGGAGGAGGAGGAGGAGGAGGAGGUCCUCGUCUACGAGGAUAAAGGCGUGUGUUUGGAAAGUGUCACCUCCUCCGCCACCACCAAGAAGGGUCAGCUCCUUCAAUGGAAGUCGGAGGUCCUGCCACAUGCCGUCGAGGAGGACGACGCCGAGAAGCAGUUCCGCCGCUCCAAGACUGAGAUGGGCGCUCGCCGACUCGUAGUGAAGCGGUGGCCCGGGGAGUUGUGGUUGGAGUCAGAACAAGGAGAAGAAGAGGCGGAGGAGGAGGAGGAGGAGACUAAAGGCUGCCGGAUGCCGGCAGAAGAUGACGGUGACGAGUUCCGGCGGAGGAUCGAAGCCUUCAUCGCCAAGCAGCUGAGCUUCAUCGAAAGGGAGGAGGAAUCUCUGCUCCGCCAGGCCAAGGCAGUCGCCGCCUCCGCGCCGCCGCCACAGACCACCGCCUCCGACGGUGCUUCUUAA